AUGGCCGAAAUGGACCAGUUUUAUGAGGAUAUGCGUGCGGGGAAUCCUAAUUUACCAAAACCAAAAUACGGGUCUGCCUCGGAAGUCAAGCAGGAGGCAAAAGAGCUAUCCCGCAAAAUCUACACAACUCGCCGAAAUCUAGUCGAUCUUCUUGACCGCCAUGAGGCCACUAUCCGGAAGAGAUGGCUCAAAAAGACCGGCGAGCAACGACGGAAGACUUUAUCUGCUGCUUUUCCAGGCAUUGCUGCCCAUCAUCGCCCAGAUUUCCAGGCCGUGAGGGAGGAAAAUGCAUCAAUAGUAAAGAAUGGACGGACGCGCUUUUACGAUGCAUUUCUAUUACCGUCUCUAAAUCUACAGGAUCUGUCUCAGCCAACUAAUUUACUCCUGUUCCUUCAUAGUCGAACCCGUUUCGCGCCAAGCGAGUUCGUAAAUGCGGAUGCCAACUCUGUACAGUUGGGUAUGUCUAGUCAGGCAAUUAUUCCAGUCUUUCUGAAUUGUUGGACAAUGUAUCUUAUAGGUCAGAAUACCAGCCAGACCUACGGACGCCUUGUAGCUUGGGAUGACGAUGAUGACGCUUUUGAUGAUAUGUCAUCUGGCGUUGGCAAUCUACCUGGUGAGGGUUUACUGGUUCUGCAAGUUCAAGAACGAAAGAUGAGAUUCCUCUUGGAGUGCGUCCACUUGAUUCUACACGACAUCCCACAUGCCGAUCUUUCGAUUGCGAAGCAGCUGCCACUGAAGGCGGACGAAAUGCUACCCGUUACAUACGAUAGGCCAUCACUUCAACAGGACAUUAUUGAGGCUCCAUACAAACGAUCCAUGCCAUUUGACCUUUCUCGCAUCGAUAUAUUCGUCGUUGCAAGGUUAGCAGAAGCGGAGGAUCACAUCUGGUCGCUUCGGGAAGACCCCUUAUACUUUCAUGAAGCAGCACUGCAAAGAUCAGAGCAUCGCUUGGAAAGGAUUAAAGACAAAUCUGGCAGGCCGUCUUCGAUACUGGGAGAAUCUGAUUUCUGGGACUCAGUUCUCAAAAAUGUCAUUUGGGAGGCAUAUGCCCGCUUCUUGAUGUGGAACAACGUUGCCAAAGAGCUCGAACAUGUUAUAUCAUUACAAAGCCGAUACCGUGAAGUGCUGCGGCCUGGCUCGAAAGCCCCGGAGGAUUACGAGGGAGCGAUUGAGCACCUUUCCUAUCGAAUUGAAAAGACCAUUUCAGCAGUUCGAGACACUUGGAGAACGGCUCUCCCUAGCUCAACCCACUUUCGACAAAGCUUCAUUCGAGAUGGCAGAAAAAUUGCAACGAAAGGAAAAACCGAUUACUUUAUGUUUCUUCUUUUAAUGCUUAGUGAUAAUACUCAGGUUAUGCUUACCGGGUUGCAUACUGCAUGCGACGAGAUAGAGCGAGUUUCUACAAACAAGCGGCAGGAAAAUGAACGCUUGACGCCAUACCUGGCUCAAAUGCUUUCUGACUUGUCGCUGCUUGGUGAACUGCAGCGUCAAGUCAGCCUGCGUGUGGCAGGCCCACGGAUGACUCUUACAGCAAGCGAGGAAGAGAAGGAGAAGCGCUUCAAAACGCGCAACCGCCCGGAGUCAAAGCUUGCAGAGAUACUGGCUACGCCUGUCACACUCUCAGACAAGGGCACACCAUUGGACCGAUUUUCAUGUCCUUCCAGAUCUACAACGCAGAUGAGUACUCGUGCGACGCAGCGCGCAGAAAGUGAAUUAGAUGCAUUUUGGAGUUUUUUCGAUGUCUGUGUCCGACGCAACACGAAGGCGACAUUGCAUGAAAUUCUCAAGGACGUUCUAGUGCCUCGAAACAUUCACCGAACGCCUGACUGGGAGGUACCCUUGGCUAACAAAUCGAAUACUGACCAACUCAACACAUCCACAAGUGACAAUGAACCUCUAGAUGCACUUGCAGAACUACAGAGACGGACUGAAACGACCGUCAUUUCGUCCGAGCCAUCGGCGAGUCAGCCGAAAAAGAAGACACGUGGUCAACCAUCAGAGAACAUAGCCAGCUCCACUGACACUGAUGCGCAAACCACGGACGAUGAUGAGACACGCCCUCCUCCUCACCCGCCUAUCACUGUUCCAAAGAGAGCUUACAAGACCUUCAAAUCCCUCUUCGGCGGCAUAGCCGAGGACGAGAAGGCUGGUGAGAUUCCCUGGACUAAUUUUUUGUCCGCUAUGGCUUCAGCAGGAUUUGCCAUAAAGAAGCUGGACGGCUCGGCUUGGGUCUUUUCGCCGACUGAUCCGCUUCUCUUGAGGAGCAUCAUCUUCCAUGAGCCGCAUCCUGCAAGUAAGAUUGGCGUUAAUAUUGCAAGAAGGAUUGCGAGACGCCUUUCGCGCGCAUACAAUUGGACUGCGGGAACCUUUGUGAGGGGAUCGACUGGGGACUAA